CUUAUGGUACAUAGUUGUACAUAUGGAAAAACUUUUUAAAUUCGAAAAAUAAAAUGAUAGGACAAAUAGCAGCCUAUAUAGACGACUAUUUCACCCAUCCCGACUACCCAUCUAUGAGUAUAGCUAUAGUGUUCCUGAGAAUGAUUAAACUAUGGCGUCCAGCGAAAAUAUAUUAUCUUAUCCCAUUUUUCAUGAGCCUUAUAUUUCUAAGUCAGGUAGUUUACGUGUUAAUUUCAGACCAACCGCUACGCUACUUCCUAAACAUAUUUCAGACGGGAUUUUUCCAUUUGGGACUGGCAAAAGUGGCAUUUUAUUUUUAUAAUCAUCAAAAAUGGCUCAACAUUAUAUACUGGCUAUCGGACUUGGAGAGAACUCAGCUACAAGACCCACAUCUGAAGCCCAUCGUCCUGAGAUACAUCAGAUACGGCCGCAUCCUCAACGCUGUCAUUUAUCCUUUCUGUUUCAUAGUUUUUGCACUUAACUAUGGUGAAAAUUACUUGAUGGUCGCAAUACAGAUGGAGAGCAAGGGAGAGAUAGAUCCGACUUACAUAACGUUCUUUUGGCUGUGGCCCACCGAGCCCUUGAAAGGGAAGUUAAUAGUUUACCCGUACGUGACGCUGCAGUGGUUCUAUGCGUUCGGCGGAGUUUCUUAUUUGAUGGCGUUUGACGGUAUCUGUGUGUCAGUAAUGAUGGGGCUGGCUGGACAGAUACAGGUGCUACAUGAAAUGUUUAGACGAGCUCUGGACACUGAUGUCGAGGAACAACAGAAGAGAAAUCUAACGAACUGCUACAAGCGAUACAUAGAGUUAGUCGAGAAACACGAAACAUGCAAUGCAAUUAUGUCGCCAGUAUUGUUUAUGUACCUGUUGGUUGCGUCCAUAAAUAUGGGAAUGAUACUUUAUAGUUUGCCAUCGUUGGAAAAGUCUUCAAUGUACACAUCGAUGGUCCUGGUUUCCUCGUUAAUAGUAGAAGCUUUUUACUUUUUCUGGCAUGGACAUGAAGUCAAGUAUCAAAGCGAGAUAGUGAGUGCGGCGGUGUACGACUGCGACUGGGUGGAGAAGAGCCCCGAGAUCCGCCAUCUUGUUUACAAGAUGUCCGCCACCACCAACAGUGUACUCAUAUUCCGCGCCGGCCCCUUCAAUGAGGUCACUGUCAUCACUUUUAUUGCUAUUGUGAAAGUGACUUACAGUUUUUACAAAUUGAUGACUACAACAGUCACACAUAGUUAAUGAUUUAACUACCUAAACGCAAAAUGGAAUUGGAAUAAUAAAGAAUAUGGAUCUAAAUAAAAUCAUA